AUGGGUGCCCUCAAGUAUGUCGAAGAGCUUCAGAAGAAGAAGCAGUCGGAUGUCGUUGCCUUCCUCCUCCGAGUUCGCUGCUGGGAACUCCGUCAAUUGAACGUCAUCCACCGCGCCUCUCGCCCCUCCCGUCUGGACAAGGCUCGCCGUCUCGGAUACAAGGCCAAGCAGGGCUAUGUUAUCUACCGUGUCCGUGUCCGCCGUGGUGGCCGCAAGCGCCCUGCUCCUAAGGGUGCCACCUAUGGCAAGCCCACCAACCAGGGUAUCAACCAGCUGAAGUACCAGCGAUCUCUCAAGGCUACCGCUGAGGAGCGUGUCGGCCGCCGAUGCGCUAACCUCCGAGUCCUCAACUCCUACUGGAUCAACCAGGACUCUACCUACAAGUACUACGAGGUCAUCCUCGUCGACCCUCAGCACAAGGCCAUCCGCAUCGACCCCCGCAUCAACUGGAUCGUUAACCCCGUCCACAAGCACCGCGAGUCUCGUGGUCUCACCGCCACCGGCAAGAAGUCCCGUGGUCUCAACAAGGGCCACCGCUACAACAAGACCCAGGCUGGCCGCAGAAAGACCUGGAAGCGCCACAACACCCUGUCCCUGUGGCGAUACCGAUAA